GGCGAGCGCUCGUUAAACAACUCGUCUAGCCCAAUGACCGGUACUGGUUGGGUUCUCCCUUUGGGGGACCCUCUGGCGUCUCCUCUUUCCUCUGGGAUUUUGACAUAUAUUUGUGUGUAGAGUAGGGCCCACUCGAGGUGGUACCGCCACCCAACCAUACACGAAGGAGGAGGAGGAGAAGAUGGCCGCCACCCUGCAAGAGAGGAAGGAGAAGAAGGAGGCCAAGAAGAAGGCCUUGAAAGAGGAACAGGCGGCCAAACUAAAGAAGAUGGAAGAAGAGAUGGCCAGGGAGAAAGAGAGGUUGAAAAAGGAAGAAGAAGAGAAGUUGAAGGAGGKGGAUGAAGAAGAGGAAGGACCGCCACUGCAAAAGAGUGGGCAGCACAGCGGCAGCAGCAGUGAUGAGAUGGAGAAGAAGAUUUCGGAGUGGGUCGCCAACUUAUCCCUGUGUGAGGAGGAAGAGGUUGCUAUGUACAUCCCCAAGGAUGAGCAAGAAGCCACCAUGAAGAAAUGGGAAGCAGAAGAAGAUGUUCUGACGCGGCAGGCGAUGGAGGAUGAACAGAGGAUGGCAGGGAGUUCAGGCGUAUUUCGCCUAGAGAAAGAUGGGAAGGUGGAGAAGGUCCUCCACUCCCUGACUCUCCUCGUAGAGGACAGCCUCCCGUUUGAUAUAGUACUGGGAAUGGAUUGGGGAGAGGCAGCCGGGGCAAUGCUCCAUUUGAAGGAGCACGAGUGUAGACUCCCUAGUUUUGCAGGCGAGGCUAAGACUGCCCGCCUGUUUCAUGUGUCAGGAGUAGAGAAUUCCUUGGCACAUUGCUGCCUUAGUGCCCCUGCGUUCGCCAGAUUGGUGAAGAAGGAGAAAUUAGAGGAACAGGUCUUUGUUGCCUAUGUUAGGCCCGUCACUGAGCCUACGGAAGAGAAGCGGAUGGACCCUACGAUUGCCAAGCUGCUGGAGGAGUUUAAGGAUUUGACUGAGCCGCCGACAGGCACGGUGUCGCGGCCCAUCCAGCACCGUAUCGAGAUAGAGCCUGGCAUUAGAACUCCUAAGGGUGCUGUGUUUAGGAUGUCCCUGCGGGAGUUAGAGGAGCUUCGCAAGCAAUUAGACGAGCUCCUCGAGAAGGGUUGGAUUAGGCCCAGUUUGUCUCCUUUCGGAGCACCUGUUUUCUUUGUUCCUAAGAAAGAGGGAGAGCUGAGAAUGUGCAUAGACUAUAGGGGUCUGAAUGCUAUUACAGUAAAGAAUGCUGAGCCACUGCCUAGGAUCGACGAUCUCUUAGAUCGAGUGCAGGGGGCUAAGUAUUUCUCUAAGAUAGACUUAAAGUCGGAAUAUCAUCAGAUAGAGGUACACCCUGAUGAUCAGUAUAAGACAGCCUUCCGGACUAGGUACGGGCAUUAUGAGUUUAUAGUGAUGCCCUUUGGACUAACCAAUGCGCCAGCAACUUUUCAGUGGUGUAUGAAUGAUUUGUUUAGGCCGUGGUUAGACAAAUUCGUUGUAGUUUAUCUAGAUGACAUCCUAGUGUUUAGUCGGACCCUCGAAGAGCAUCAGGGUUAUCUCAGGCAAGUCUUGCAGAAGCUGAGAAAAGCUAACUUCAAGAUCAAUGCAAAGAAGUGCGAUUGGGCGAAGACCCAAGUUUUGUAUCUAGGCCACGUCUUAGACGGAGACGGCGUUAAGCCAGAAGAUAGCAAGAUCGCAGCGAUUAGAGAUUGGCCCACGCCACGUACGCUGACAGAGUUGCGCUCGUUCCUGGGCUUAGCGAAUUACUACAGAAAGUUCGUAAGGAACUUCUCCACCAUCGCUGCGCCCCUUCGCAGAUUGCUGAGUAAAGAGACAAUCUGGAAGUGGGACAAGGACUGCACGUCCGCCAUGAAGAAGCUAAAGCAGGCGUUGAUAGAGUAUCCGGUCCUUAAGGUCGCCGAUCCGUCCUUGCCUUUUGUUGUUACUACGGAUGCUAGCCAGUACGGCAUAGGCGCAGUGUUCCAGCAAGACGAUGGCAAUGGCUAGGAUGCCUUCAGAGAAGGUUGCAACAUCUACCUAUGAGAGGGAACUCUACGCUCUCAGGUAAGCAUUAGACCACU